UCCAUCCCUACCAAUAUUGAAUUCCCGACAUGGCCGACCAUGGUACCCCCCAUACCCACCCCGUUGAGGCGGCCGUCCCCGCCCAGGGACGCGAUAUAGAAGCCGAUGAGGGCUUCACGACGGAUACCGACUCCGCUAUCUCCGAGGACGACAUCGCGUCGCUGACGACGUCGCUGUCUUCCAGUGUGAGGGACUAUGUGUAUGAGAACGGCCGGCGAUACCACAAGUUCCGCGAGGGGGAGUACCUAUUUCCGAAUGAUGACGCCGAGCAGGACCGUCUGGAUAUGGUCCACCAUAUCUUUCGGUUGAUGCUGGGUGGGAGUCUGCACAAGGCGCCUAUCGACUCGCCGCAGCGUGUCCUGGAUAUCGGAACCGGUACCGGCAUCUGGGCCCUCGAUAUGGCGGAUGAGUUUCCUGGUGCGGAGGUCUUGGGGAUUGACCUCAGUCCGAUCCAGCCGUAUUGGACCGCCCCAAACUGCCAGUUCGUCGUCGACGACGUCGAAGCCCCCUGGCCCUACCCCCCCACCAAAGCAUUCGACUACAUCCACCAGCGCAACAUGGUCGGCGCCAUCAACGACUGGGACCGGCUCUUCGAGCAAGCCCUGAACCACCUGCGCCCAGGCGGCUACUACGAGGUGCAGGAGUUCCGCGUCUGGUUCCACGACCAGGACGAGCGUCGCUCCGAGUCCGGCGAAGAAACCAGCAUCAAUCUGUGGCAGCGGAACUUAACAGAGGGGACCGCGCGGUUCGGCAAGCCGCUCAAUGUCGUUGAGCAGCUGGGGGCUAAGAUGAAGGACGCCGGGUUUGUGGAUGUGCGUGAGGAUGUGCUGAAGAUUCCGAUUGGGUCGUGGCCCAGGGAUAAACAGUUGAAGAAGAUUGGUCAGUGGAUGCAGGUGCAUGCUGUUGAUUCGGUGGAGCCGCUUACGCUGGCUCUUUUUACGAGGGUGUUGGGGUGGAGUGAGCUUGAGUGUCGGAUACUGAUUGCGAAGGCGAAGCAGGAGUUCAGGGAGAAUCGCCAGUUGUAUGUGUAUGCGCAUUUUAUCUAUGGACAGAAGCCGUUGGCUUAACGGGCUUAUUGUGGAUGGCGGGUGUCUGUUUGAGUGUACGAGGUGAUAUGGGUUCUCCUUCUGUGCCUUUGAGGUUAAUGAUAUACGCCUUUGUGGCGCUUUAGGGUCGUGUUACU